AUGGUGGUGGUAACGUUAUUCACUGCCUUAUUGCUUGUUUCUCGGAUAUAUUCAUACCGUUUUCCAAGACAAACGGCCAUUAAUGCACCUUCUUUUCAGUCUUUCUCCAAAGACUUUGUCCUCACGAAAGAACAAAAAAGUGAAUUGAAAAAGAUUGGAGAAGUUGCCGAUAAUAUAUUAUAUCGAUUGGGCAUAUCAACCGAUGGCAGAAAUCGUCGCUAUAAACCAUCUCCUUCUAGCGAAUAUCAUCUUGAUGAGCUGAAUUCAGUUAUCAAUGAAGCAAAUGAAAACAGAAUAGACCUUCAAGAUAUCAGCAAUGGCCAAAUUCCUGGAAUAGCUCCAAUACCUGUACCGGGCUUUCCAGGACCUCAAGAUAUUAAACCGAUAGCUGGUGUCAACACAAUUCCUGGGCUUAAAAACUUCAAUUAUUUAGUGGCGCAACUUUUUCCACAAAUGAUUCCUCCGACGAAUACUUUAUUAGGUGCCUCAAUUAGUCGACUUUUGCCUAAAGACUCAGCGAAAAACUUGGCUAAGGAUGUUUUUCGUGCAAUUCAUCCCGCAGCAGAAAAUGUCGAUGUCGCACGAAUGAUGGGGCGAUGGUUCCAGGUUAUUAAUAGUCCACAUGUAAUUAACGAAGCUUGUACAGUAUCACAUUUUGGAGCAUUGACGAAUACAACCUAUAGUGCUACAUUUACCAUUCUUAAAUUUUAUCGAGAAGGCAAUGCGAAUGGACCGCCACGAUUUUCAUUGGGUUACGGCUUUAAAUCAGGCGACACUGGGCAGUUCGUACUUCAUAGUAGCAACUCGCCAGACUCUGAACCAUUCUGGGUGGUCAAGAAAGGACCACUGAAUGAGUAUAAUCAAUACGAUUAUGCGAUUGUAUCAAAUUGGGUCCGGUUUCCAGUCUUUGUUAUUGCAAGGGAUCCUGAAAGGUUCCGAAAAGAGCACAUAAAAAAUGUACUGCAAUUUUUAGAAGAUAAUAGUUACAUUAAUGUGAUGACCAAAGCAUUUAAUAUGAUCUCUCCUGUUGAUUACAGUCAGUGCCAAUACACUCCAACAUUUUCUGGAGCUGGAAAAUAG